GACCCUGGGCUUCAGCAAAUGUUGGAGACUCACCUCCUGCAGCAGCAGCAGCAACUCCUGGCCAUCUGGGAGGAAGAGGAGGGAGAAACUGAGGCACCAGGCUCUUCUGGGGCCGUGGCACCAGACCCCCACAGCCCCCCUUGGCCCCAGCUGGAUGCUGUCCUCGAGGAGCCAGAGGUGCAGGAGGACAGGAGUCUCCAAAGUGAUCAGGAGCAAGGCAGUGGGGCCCCGAGGAGAACACUGGGGGCAUCUGAAAGGCCCCCAGGCCUCACCAGGGUAGGCUGGGACAUUAAAGAGUUCAUGUGCCUGCCCCCAGAGAGGACAGGAGGGCUUGGGCCAGAGGGGAGACCCGGAAGGGCUGCUGGGGACUGGAGCUCCCUGCUGCCACCCCCGGGGCCCGCCCUGCCCUCCAGUCCUGGGGGAAGCCAGGUCCCAGAGGAGACCGUGAGGACCCAGGCCAUAGGAAACAGGGACACGAGGGGUGGGACAGGGCAGAAUGGGGUGGAAGGGGAUGAUGUGACAAGCGGUGAGGUUGGCCUGGUCAGUGACCAAGGGGAGCCGGUGCUAGAUAGCAUCCUGGCACAGGGAUAUCCCUGGAUGGCCAGUGGCCCGGAACAGGGGCAUCCUCAGGUGGAUAAUGGGCUGGCACAGAGGCAUCCCCAGAUGGACAGUGACCUGGAACAGGGGCAUCCUCAGGUGGAUAAUGGGCUGGCACAGAGGCAUCCCCAGAUGGACAGUGACCUGGAGCAGGGGCAUCCUCAGGUGGAUAAUGGGCUGGCACAGAGGCAUCCCCAGAUGGACAGUGACCUGGAACAGGGGUAUCCCCGGAUGGACAAUGGAUCAACACGGGAGCAUCUCCAGGUGGACAGUGGGCUGGCACAGGGGCAUCCCCAGAUGGACAGUGGGCUGGCACAGAAUCAUCACUGGAUGAACAGCAGCACCUCGGCACCAGUGAGGGAGGAGUCCGAGGGGGACACUGGCUCCAUUGGACCUUCCCAGAUGGAGGAGGAAGUGAUGAGUCAUCAGGGCACCAAAGCCCCUGCCCAGAAGGUUGGGCACAACUGGAUGGAGGAGGAGCAAAACCGGGGCUGCCUCCCAGCAGAGCUGGGGGGUCUGGAAGCAGGGGCACCAGAGGAGGCAGGGAGCCCCAAGGAGGAGGAGAGGAGUCCCGAGGAGCAGACAAGCAGAGAGGAUGGAGCUGACCCAUUAAGCUGGAGACUUCCAGAGUGGGGUCCCCUCCAGCCCCUGGAGAAGAUUGCUGCUGCUGCCCAAGGCCUAGAGCUGGAAGAGGAGACCCUGCUGAGUAGCCCCAGGCCAGGAAGCAUCACUGCACAGAUGCCUGGAGGAGAAAGGGGGAAGGAGGAGAGGCGAGAGCCGGGAAACCCCAGGACACCGUCACCGCUGCCACCAUCGCCACCACUGCAGCAGCUGCUGCUCCCCCGCAGCCUGUCCAUCCCCGAGAGUUUUGCGUACGGCGGAAGACAGGAGCCGGGCGCCCAGGUGGAGCCCUGGCUGCGGGCCCUGAGGGGAGAAAGCGGUGCCAUCCGCAGGGAGGGCCGCGCCCUGGUGCAACAGCUGCAGGAGUUGCGGCGGGAGCUGAGAACCCUGUCCAGACCUCGCAAGGCGCUCCUGAGUGACAUCCUGGAACAAGGUCUCAUUGCGGCCACUGGAAUCCUGCUCUUCUGGUGGCUGACAGAGCAGCUGGGCUGAGGGACUUGAUUCUGAGACAGUUGCGGCUUGGCCUCCCUAUCUUUCCCGCAGCAGCGGUUGGGGAGCGGCGGUGGAGGAGGCCGGGUUUCGGUGGGUGGGGGAAGCUCCCCCAGGGCUUCUUCUGGAGCUCCUCUCCCAACUCCCUCCAUCCCCAAGCUCAUUGGCUCCCAGAGCCUGGGCUGAGUCAGGUGUGCCUGCCUGCUUGGCAAAAUGGAGGGUGUGGGCUCUGGGCAACCAGAAAUAUUUCCCAAAAUUCCUGUCCGGUCUCAAAAUAGCUGUUGGUGCCAAGGCCUGCGGCUGCCCUAUCACCCGGUAAAACCCUUCAUCCUGUCCCCAUCAUUUCCUGCUUUUCCCUUCCUCUAGCCCCAGGCUUGUAGGGAAGGAUUUUAGCAGCUGCCCCUACCUUCCCUAGUCUUCAAAAGGGAGUUGGGCACUAAGACCCUUCCCGAUCUGCCUGGCUCAGGGGAGUGAUCACUAAUCAGCAUCACCCCCAGCAUCACCCACAGCAGCUUAACCUGUCGAGGGCCUUUCGUUAUCAGCCACAAGGCCCUGUGGGAAUGACAAGCGGACAGGGCUGACGGGCUAGGAAGUUGCUCAUUCUCCUCCCCCUGUGCCUGCACUGGGGACCUUGCCAGCCUCCAGCGGAGGGAGGGAAGUGGUUAUGGCUGCUCAGGGUGCCAAAGACAGCCGGGGUGCCAGCAGCCUGCUUAUCACCGCCGUCGGCUCCUCGAGCAUUCCGGGACUCGAAGCCAACAAGCUCUCCCGGCCCCUUCUGCCUCUUUCACUGUGCAGGGGGCAGAGGAGUUGGGAGAGGACACAAAAGUGUGUUGCUGUUUGACUCCUCUAAGGGGAGGGAAGGCAGCAGAACCUUUUUUCUUCAGUCCAACUGUCAUAUUGUUCUCUCCCAAGUGCUCAGUACAGUGCUCUGCCCACAGUAAGUGCUCAAUAAAUGCCACUGAUUGAUUCAAACCCCAAUUCCUUCCCUCCCUCCAUCUCCUAGUCUUUUCCUCCUGGCUUCCAGCUCUCCAGCUCCUCAAACUGCUCAGGCUCCGCUUUGAUGCCUGCCCAUCUGGAUGCUAUCUAGAUACAGAGGAACCUGUUCCAGCCUGCUUCACCUCCUUGAAUCAGAUUGAUCGAUCAAUCAAUCGGUGGCAUUUAUUGAGCACACACUGCGUGCCAGAGCACUGUACUAAGUGCUUGGGAGAAUAUAUCAGAGUUGGUAGACAUGUUCCAUUCCCAUAAGGAGCAUACAGCGGAGACGUUAAAGUAAAUUAUGGACUGUGUACCUAAGUGCUGAGGGUGGAGUGAAUAUCAAGUGCUU